AUGCGAUCAGUAACUCUUUUCUCAUGGCUCUUCAGUGCAUUGAUGGCUUAUAUUCUACAUAUUUCUAUGCCAGUCAGAGCACUUAAAGGUCCUAUGAUCGUGUCUCAAGUUUAUUUUGAUAUUGAACAUGGUGGAAAGCCUUUAGGUAGAAUUGUGAUUGCACUAUUUAAAGGUACACCAAAGACAAGUGAAAACUUUAGGGCUUUAGCUGUUGGAGAUCAAAAAUCAGAAGCAGGUGUACCACUUCGUUAUAAAGGAUCUAAAUUUCAUCGAGUUAUCAAAAGUUUUAUGAUCCAAGGUGGUGAUUUUACUCGAGGUGAUGGUACUGGUGGUGCCUCGAUUUACGGAUCAAAGUUCAAGGAUGAAAACUUCAAAUACAAACAUGAAGGCCCUGGUACGCUUUCGAUGGCCAACUCUGGACCUGACACCAAUGGAUCUCAGUUCUUCCUUUGUACUGUUGUCACUUCUUGGCUCGAUGGAAGACACGUUGUCUUUGGAAAGGUGAUCCAAGGAAUGGAUGUGGUCUUUUCAAUUGAGAACGUAAAGACCAACAGUGGUGAUAAACCAGUAGAAGACGUAGUCAUUGUUGAUAGCGGUGAAAUGGUGAUCGACAAGAAAGUUGAUGCAGAUGGAAAUGAGGUGCCUCACCGUGUAGAAUUAUGA